AUGCGUGACAGUGGCAAGAAAGGUGUUACCGUUGGUGCAAGAUUUGCAAUUCUAUCUCCAAAGCCUGUUGGCAUCCUCAAGAACGGAGCAUCUCUGAUUCAAACUGGACGACCAUUUGAGAUGCUUUCUGGACCACCUAUUCCUAUGAAGCCUUAUGAACCUCACAAAGUCAAACGAGAGAUGACCUUCUUCGUUCUGAAACAAACAGAGAUCAAGAGGCAGAAACUUGGUAUGCCUGUUGCUAUCAAUACCCUAUGCAGCGCAGAAACUUGUGACCGAAUCAAAGCUGGUACAAAUGUAGCUGCUCAAUGUGCUUGCUUUGCACAGUAUUCCAGAAACGGGAGUACAGCAAGGAACGUAUGCAUUAAACUUGACUUCUCCUUCCAAUCCAAUGGAGAACGGGUCUCUAUUGACAACUUUACUUCUCUCCGUACUAGUAGAUUGCUCUUUGAUAAUGAAACGAUUUCUGUGGACUGCCAGACCCUGCAUCAUAAUAACAUUGCGACUGAAAUUGCAAAGACUUGGAAAAAAAUCGUCAAGCAUGUCAACGAAAAUGGUGGCUGGACCAUUAUGGGGUGGUUCGUCAGAGCCAUUAAGAAUGAAGAAGACAAGCAAGAGAAUGACGAAGAUGCAAUGCAUGAAUCCAUCAAGACUAAUAUAACGUAUUUGUAUCCAACAACCUUGAAGCAUGAAAACAUUCCUCCUGAAAUGCUUGUCCGAAAUGUAUUCAUACAAGGGGCCGUCAACCAGACCACCAAUGCGGAUCGAGAUGCAUCGCAAGACAACCUUUAA